GUACUUCGUACAAACGAACGAGAGCUAACAAUAGUAACCUCAGCUCAGCUGCCAACAAACCCCACCAAAUCUCCAUAUGCCCCGCCCCACUAUCUGAUCUCCAAACACAACGACAACCCUUGGAAUCCAUUGGUGCUGUUUCGAAGCUUACCUUUGGAUAGCCACCAGCCAAGGUUGUGUUUUGGACCGCUUCUCCUUCUAACUAGUCUAGAACCUAGUAACCUACCAAUCCUUCCAGGUCAGGUCCCACGAACGAAUUUUAAUUUUUUUUUUCAUUAGGAAGCAACAAACGAAUCAAGCGCCGUCUCUCUAUAGCACGACUGGUACAGCAAUAUCUGAGAUAUCCACACCUUCACAAUGAGCGGUUAUCCCGGUCAAGGAUAUCAAGGUCAGGGCUACGGCCAAGGCUAUGGCCAAGGUUAUCCUCCUCAAGGAGGGUACUACCCACCGCAGCCUGGUUAUGGCGGAUAUCCCCCACAGCCGCCUCCGCCACAGCACUACCAGUAUGGUCCGCCUCAGGGCGGUUACCAGUACCCGCCUCAGGACGGAUCUCGGGCAGGACCCAGCGAUCAAGCUCAUCAACCGCCACAGGGCAUGCAGCAAUUUGGACACGGAGCACCUUCGGAUUAUGCCUUCCAGUACUCGCAGUGUACAGGCAAGAGGAAGGCUCUGCUCAUCGGAAUCAACUACUUUGGUCAAGAGGGCGAGCUCCGCGGCUGCAUCAACGAUGUUCGCAAUCUCUCCAACUUCUUGAUGGAGUUUUACCAGUACCGCCGUGAGGACAUGGUCCUCCUUACAGAUGAUGCGCAGGAUCCCAUGUCUCAGCCCACAAGGGACAACAUCGUCCGUGCUAUGCACUGGCUUGUUGAGGGCGCGCAGCCAAACGACUCGUUGUUUUUCCACUACUCUGGCCACGGAGGACAAACUGAGGAUCUCGAUGGAGACGAGGACGAUGGAUACGAUGAGGUGAUAUACCCUGUCGACUUCCGGGCGAACGGUCACAUUGUCGACGAUGACAUGCACCUUUGGAUGGUGCAACCCCUCCAGGCGGGUGUUCGUCUAACUGCCAUCUUUGACUCUUGUCACUCUGGCACUGCCCUAGACCUUCCAUACGUGUACUCAACCAGCGGUGUUCUCAAAGAGCCGAACUUGGCCAAGGAGGCCGGUGUUGGUCUGCUUGGUGCCGUCCAGUCCUACGCUAGGGGCGACCUGGGCGGUGUUGCGACCAGCCUAUUCGGUUUUGCCAAGAAGGCUUUCAGUGACAAGCAGGCGCGCGACAGAACCAUGCGCACCAAGACAUCCCCGGCUGAUGUUAUCAGCUGGUCAGGCAGCAAGGACGACCAAACAUCUGCCGAUGCCACGAUUGCAUCCCAAGCCACCGGAGCCAUGUCGUACGCCUUUGUGUCCGCUCUGAGGGCAAACAGGAACCAGACUUACAACCAGCUGCUCAACAGCAUCCGAGACAUUUUGGAGGGACAGUACAGCCAGAAACCUCAGCUAUCCUGCUCACACCCACUGGAUACCGAAAACGUGUGGUUUGUCAUGUAAAGCGCUACACUCUACCAACAGACUACGGAUAGCUAGAGGCUGUUUCGAUUCAUCAUGGAAUCAUGAUUAGCAACGUUGGUUUUCUGGAAUUGUCUUGCCAUUCGGUCUGUGGGGGUCAUCCAUGACCGCAAAUGUUCUUUGUUAUGCUGAUAGGCGUUUCAAUGUCAUUUGUCACACCGUGACAAAGGCCAAAUUGUCCACUCCUGCCUGGCUGGCAUCCAGGGCGUUGGUCAUUUCAAGUUGGAUCCGUAAGGCUUUUUGGGGCACGACUCAUCUUGGCAGUAUAAAUUGAUAGUGAUCGACGGCAGGGCUCGGCAUCUUGGACAGGGGCUGUACAUAGUAGUUUAUCCACAAUUAUGUUAAAUGGGAAACAAGAAGCAAAUGCCAAAAUGAGAAGGGAGAAGGAGAAACGACGGGUCUCCUGUGAUUUAGAUAACACCAUGGUCUUCGCGUUGUGGCGGCAUCCAAGGCAGCAGGAAAACUGUUGCACUAAAAACAUCGUCAAAAACGAAGGCCUCCGUCAAUGACUAAUGCCAGUGACUUUGGUAAAUAUAGCCUGCAACA